AUGUUCUGCGGAUACGGCAACCCAUGGGAAAUGAUUGUAGACUCUAAGGAAACUACUGGCCGUUUCUCAAAUAGUGCUUGUCUAACUUCUUGUGAUAUACGUAAAAGUGAUCGUUUCAUCGUUGAUAAAGAAGACCACCGAAAAAAUAAUCACCAAAAAAAUUUUUUCUUCACCAUGACUUUCUUGGACACCACACCCAGCUACGAAUUGGUACAUUACCUCUCCUUACAUGCCAACCCCAACCUUCCAGGGAGCACCCCCGAAAAUGUGCAACAAAUCAUGUCCAGCUUUGACUACCACCCGUAUAUUCCCCAAUUGAUACGCGACUUCAAGGCAUCGCUGAAAAAAGUCAAGCAGAAGAACUUGGUGGAGGAUCUUGGAGUGCUUUCCCAAGCAUGGUUUUUGAUAGACUAUGCGUACAGCCAGGAAAUAUGUAUACUCUCAAUGUUGUUGGUAGAAGACGUGCUUACCACCUACUCGGUAUCUGCCAAAAUCCAGGCGUUUAACUUGUUAUCCCACCUCCCAGAACUAAACCAACCGUUAAUUCCCCAACUAAGAUCUGCCGCAUCAAAGUGUCUUGUGCAUGUUCCGCCAAUAACUCCACUCGACGAGUCCCUCCGAUUACUUGCCCAGGCCUACGAGUGGGUGUACAAGCUCAACACCACCACCACCGACUUUAUCGAGACAGUUGCCACCAUCUUAUCUACAAUAAACACCCCCGCCAGGCCAUUUCUCCUACAACAACUAUCAAAGUACACCCGCCACCUAUCUACUGACGUGUUUAUCAGCACCUCAAAGAUCUUCUACGCCCUCAACCAGAUCCUAGUCAGUCUCGAUGCAACCCGCAACGAAAUUGUCACCGCCCUAACCAUCCAACAUGACAUUAUCAACCUCAACCACCCGUUCAUCGCCACCUAUGCGUACGACUUUAUCGGUGCCUGGUCAAUCCUACUGAAACACCACCCUGGAAAGUUCUCUGCUCAGUUGCAGCUUAACAUCUCCAGUCUACAGAAACUUGCAAACAACGACGAUAUCGAUAAACUAUGUACAUAUAUAAACACUUAA